UCCCUUGAGAAAUUGACUAAUCAGUUUUCGAUUGCCGUGAACCGCAAAGCCAGUUAUUUCUUAGAGUUUUCUUGCUUUUCUGGAGGAAAAUGCUUGGAUCAGGGAGGAAACGGCCUUGUAGGUGACUAAGUAAUGAGUGUUGGAAUCAGCCAAGUGAAUUUCGACGCUCAGGUGUUAGAAGAUGAAGAGGAAGCUGCGCUGGAAAAGGAAGAUCAAGAAAGGGAACAAGAGAUUCGGGAGUUGUUAAACCGUGAGCUUGACGAUGGUCUCCUUGACGAUGACAAUGCGUCUUUCUCAUCACAUGACCUCAGAAGCUCAGGAUAUAGCAGAGAUACCCCAUUCUCUGAUGAUUUCUCUGAACAAGCACCUCAAACCUUCUUUAAUGGACAAGUUGCCAAGAAGAUCGUACCAUCUGAAAGAGGUGCAUUUGAGAGACCUCUGAUAACACAGCGUGCUUUUCCUGUCAUUAACGGAUCAGGGCAAAACCAAGAUUUGGACAGGAUAAAUCAACCUUACAAUUAUGACACAAGACAUCAAUAUGAGGGUCAUUAUGAUAAUCAAGGCUAUUAUAAUUACAGAGGACAAGGAAGUCCAUAUAACGGGCUAGUUGAUGGGUAUGAACAAAGUUAUGACCAUCAUCAAGGUGGUGUAAAUGAUUAUCGCACAUCACCUGAUUACAUGGAUGAAGGAAUUAAUCACUAUGGAGACUAUAAUCCGCCACAGACAAUGCAAGGGCAACAUCAUUAUCCUCCUUCUCAGUCUAAUUAUCCAGCUUCAAAUUUGGAUGAGGGCAACAAUAGCUCUGGUAAUCAUGACUUCAAUGAAGAUUAUAUAGGUUAUGAUGAAGAAGGUUCUGAAGGGCAAAAUAUUUAUGACAAUGGUGCUCCGAGUGUUAAUGAGCAGAACUAUUAUAGAAUAGAUACUCCUGGUAAUUAUAGAGUUCAAUACCAUGGACAGCACGAGUCUAUUCCUCACGUCAGCGACAGGGGCUCUGAAAGACACACAAAUGAAAUUGCAAAUGGUUUCUCAGAAGAUGGUACACAAGACAUUGUGCAGCUUCAGAUAUUAUACAAGGCACGGGGAAGAAAGCUUGAAGAACUGACUCAGAUGCUGAAGAACCAGGAAGAGGAGAUGACAAAAGAGAUCCGUGUCUUGAAUCACCAGAAUGCAAUGAUGAAAGAUGAGCGUGAUGGAAUUUCAGCCAGUCUUGAGAACUCACAGAAAAUGGUACAGGCAUGUAAUACAGAGUUAAAUAACCUGAAAGGCCAACUUGCUGCUGCCUACCAACAGAUCAAUGCAUUAAAGGAAAGCAAGGAAGAGGUGGUCAGCAAACUUCACAUAACUGAAACAACUAUUGACAGUUUGAAUCAGCAGUUGGCAGAGUUGAGUCGUUCAGAGUCACUGACAAGGGCCAAGGAACAGCAUGAAAGUGUUGUGAAUGCUAUGAAGAAAAAACAUGAAGAACAAGUUCUAACACUGAAACAAAAAUUAGAUGAAGCUGUUUUAACAAGGGACUCUAAGCAUGAAGAGGCUAAUCAGUUGAGAGAUGAACUGGUCGAGAAAGCAGAAAUGAUAAAUUCACUGACAAGGAGCCUGGAUUCCAGUCAAAAGCAGUGUCAAGAAAUUCUUAAGUCAGGGACAAUGUCAGAGAUCAACCAGUUGAGGCUGGCUCUUCAAGAGAGUUCAACUGCCAGGAAUGUUGCUGAGGGCCAAUGCAUUUCUUUAAAGCAUGAACUGUCAGAGCUUCAAGAGCAGGUCAAGAUGUAUGAGAGUGCAAGCCGACUUGGUGUGGGAUUAGGAUCAAACAUCCACAAUGAUUCUUUGCCACAUCUCACUGUGAGAAAUUUGAACAAAGAAAACUGGAGUACCCCAAAGUCCCACAAAGCACCAUUGGAAGAAACAAUCGGUGAGUUGAGGCGAGAACUAGAGCAAUGUUUGGUUAGUAACAAGGCCAAGCGAGAGCAAGUACACAAACUGGAGACAGAACUUGGCACUGUUAGGGAUCAACUGAAAGAUCAGGAAAUAAAAGCACAGAGAAUGGAAAGGAUCGCACAGGAACAUGAGGAUAAAUCACAAGAAUUGGAAAAGAAAAUUCAGGAGUUAGAGAGUAACAAGACAAACCCAGAUGAAGAAUAUCAAGAAACCUUGAAAGACUUGGAGGUAACAAGGAGAAAUUUACAGGAGACUGCUGCAAACCUGGAAGAAGCUAUCCGGGAGAGAGAAGAGUUAUCAGAGACGUGUGCUGACCUGAAAACACAGAUGGCUCAGAUGGUUGCAGAAUUUGAUGAAGAUAAAAGGAUCAGCAUAGAAAAAUGCAGAGAAGCUUGUCUACAGCUUCAUGAAGAUGCCAAGAACUUGUUAAGAGAUCAGCUGAACCAGGAGCAUGAGAAGAUUGUCUGGGAUUUAAAGAGGGAUUUAGAAGAACAUAGCGAAGAGUUGAUCAGGAUAAAGGAAUGCUAUGUUCAACUUGGAGAGGACAGCCGCGGAUUGGAACAGAAGUUAAGAGAAGAAUUUGAAAAGGAGAAGCAGAUGUUAUUAUCUGAGAACGAAGCUAAGUUAAUGGAUGAGCUACAAGCUUCCCUUGAAAAGCAAUAUGUCGACCAGCUGGAGAAAGCACAAGAGCAGUGGAAAGAAGACGAGAUCAGAAGAAUUAAUGACGAACUUCAGAAGCAAAAGGAACAGCUUCUAAAGAAUAUUGAGGAAGAAAAGUGCAGAGCAGUGGAGGAAGCUGUGUCUAAAGCUCGUAAGGAAUGGAUCAUCGAGAAUUCCAAGGUAGACAAUCAGUCUGACAUUGAAGAUCAGAUAGCUGCUGCUAGGAGAGAAUGGAUAAAAAAUCACAAUGACGAAUUAGAAAGACGCUUGUCCAACGCCAUCCAAGAAGUGAGAAGAAUCUGGGAUGAAGAACAAAAACUAAAAACAAAGGAGGAGAUAGACAAAGUUCGCGCCGAGCUUGAGAUAGCUCACGGAGAAUCACGUGACCAGCGACUCAACCAGGCAGUUGAACUGGCUCUGUCCCAGGCCCAAGCGGACUGGCUGAAGAACGAAGAGGAAAUUAGACAACGAGAGAUUGAUCAAGCUGUUGAGGUAGCCAUUACGAACGCAGUGGCGGAGGCUAAGGUAGAAUGGGAGAAGGAAAUCAUGGCACAGGACAACCUACUGCAGACUUCGCUCGCUCAAGAGAGGGCUCGUUGGAAGAAAGAAGAAGAAUCGGUGCGAAGCAAAGCGGUAGAAGCUGCUGUAGCUAUUGCUGAAGUGAAGUGGUUAGAAGAGGAACAGAAGAAAAUCUCUGAAGCGGUAGAAGAAGCCAUGCAGACAGCGAGAGAAACAUGGCAAGAGGAGAAGAAACGGGAAAUAGCUAUGGCGGUGGAUGCUGCUAGGCUGGAGUGGACUGCCAGAAAGGAGAACGAAUUGAAGCGUGUCUUGGAAUCUGCUAGCUCUCAGCUUGUGGAGCAGUUUGAGGAACAAAAGAAAGAGGCUUUGGAGAAGGCUAUUGGCGAAGCACGGUUGCAGUGGGAGAAGCAUUUGUCGGAGGAGAAAGGCUUGGAAGUCGCCUCCCUCAGGGAAGAGAUCUUCAGGGAAUUUGAGGAACAAAAGAAAGCGGAAAUUCUGGAAACGUUGGAAGAAGCCAAGGAAGCGUGGAUCGAGGAGUCCGAGGAACAGAAACGAGAAGAAGUGAAUGAAGCUAUGGCUUACCUUGAGUCCGAAUACACUAAGAGUCUAGAAGAGUUUAAAGAUAAGACAUUAACAGAGGCUCUUGAACAAGCUAGGAAACAGUGGACUACCAAAGAACUUUCACAUCGAGAAGAAAUUGUUAAGGCUCGUCUGGCAGCUGCGCGAGAGGACUGGCGCCGGGAUAUGGCCCAGUCUACACAAGUAGAGAUCGACCAUGCUUUGUCUACUGCCAGAGAGGCAUGGGCAGCAGACCACGAGAAAGAACUCGAGGAGCGUGUGAGCCAGUUAGAGAAGGAUCUAAGAGAACAACUGGAAGCUAAAUAUGACGAGGAAAAAAGGCAGCUUGUAGAUGAUACACUACAAGAAGCGGAGGCGAAGUUCAAGAACGAAAGAAGGAAAUUAGAAGAAGAACUGAGAAGGAAUAACGCAGACGAUUCGUCACGUGCUAAAUGGCAAGACGAAAGGGCUCGCUUAGUGGAAGAACAUAAGAAACAACUCCAACACAUGCGCAGUGAAUACGACUCUAAAUGGGCAGAUCAAGGUGCCCAGAUUGAGAGGGAUCUGGGUAUAAGGAUGAACGCUGAACUAGAGAAAGCCAGGAAUGGUUGGGAGAAAGAACAACAGGAUGCGAGGAUUCAACUACAGAAGCAAUGUGAGCAGAAAACAAGACAAGUGGUUGAAAAUGCCAGACGACAGUGGGAAAAACAACAGCAACAAGAAAUAAGCAAAAGCUGCGAUGACGCGGUAAAGCGACAGCAGGAGAUAUGGGCUAUUGAGAGAGGAGAAAAUUUGUCGGUCUUGGAGAAAGUGAAACACGAGCUAGCCACGGUAAAGAAGGAAUACGCCAUGACUGUAGAUAAACUGAAGAGAGAAUUGACAGAAGAAAGAAAGAAAACACAGUACAGCUUCGAACGGCGAGACUCGAGGGAUUAUGCCACUCAGACCGUGCUGCAAGUGGACAGCGGUAGCGAUACAAGUUUCAGUAGUUUGGAUCACGUGUCAGCCUCGCGAGGACUACACGAACUACGUCAGCACUACUUGGACACCAUUGCUAAGAUACGCGAUGACGUGUUGGAUCAUGUGAAUCAAACCAAGUCUAAUGCAGCGAAAAAGAUGAGGGGAGAAGUGUUGAAAGAGCGUCACUCCACAGCCAAGAAACUUCGUAAGUAUUACCUGCAGUGUCUGAAGCAACUCCUUGAAGAGGAUCGUGUUGCAAUGGAGGGUAACAGCUCACCCGCCAGUACCGAGGAGAAGGUAAACAGGAUGGCUGAAGCUUUGAGGACAGUGAGCCCACAUAGGGAAUCUCAUGGACAGCCUUCCCGGCAAUCGGAAGUUGAUGAUGGCACACAGUCGCCUCGUUCUGGCGUGUUUCAUAUCCUGCGGGCUUCCAGCGAACCUGACAUCCGGGACAUCCAGUCACCAUGUGGUGCGCGGCUUCAUGGAAGGCCUCGUGACGGCGGCCCUGAUGGAGCUAGUGAUACAGCUCCAAUAGCGGGAAAGGAAAGAGAAUUUACUCCAGUUCUAGUAAAGGUAACGGCAAUGGACGGCUUAGAGUCUCCUUCGCCAAGAAAACAUUUCACUCCAGAGCGAGAUUUCGGAGGCUUGCCCGGUCAAAGGACAAAAGAUCGUGCAGUGAAGGCUUAUAAUAUGGCUGGUUCUGUUCUUAAACGUGCUGAUAAUUCGGAACAAGAUACUUCAGUGGCUUUAGCCGAGAAGGAAAGGCAACGGAACUAUGUUAUGCAUGAGCUUGUUCUUAAACAAAAACCGCUGUCCUCGUACAAGAGGGGCGCGCCGUCGCCUGCUUUCUCUGUAAAGUCUUACGAGUCUGAUCAGUACAGUGAACUUCCUACGGUAAUUCAUGUCUCUGGAAGAGAGUCAAGUGGCUCCAAAGACAGUAAUAGCAGUCUUCCAAGGCACACAUCCGGGGCUAAGAAGUUGACGAUUUCACCCGUCACGCCAUCUGCGUCUGGCAUGCGCACUAGACCAUCUACGCAAAACAGAAUGACUAAACUUGCGUCGCGUGAUAAAGGGACAAGCAGCUCACCAAGUUUGCCUUCUAAGCCGCGAAUUGAUGUCAGAAGUAAGAAAGCGCAAAACUCUUCAUAACACAAUUACCGGCUGUGCAAACAAACUCCCAGCGAGACUCUUUUUUCCAGUGUGAGACACAGAGAUGUGCGAACUCUUCCUUGUGGCGAUGACGUCAGCCUGUGCGCUGCCUGAUGCGACUGUCAUGGUGUUGCUAGGCAAUGGCAUUUCACCUUUGACUUGGUGUAUGAGUUCAUUCAACGGUGAACAACAUUCAAACAGAAAGGAAUGGAACAUUCAUGAUCAAUUUGAAAGCAGAGCGGAUCAGGCCUUUCAAUAAUGUGUGGUUCUUAAUAAGCCAUUAGAGGCUUCCACUGUGGACACACAGUUGUCAUGUGGCUUGGACAUAGCAAUCAUCACCGUAAGCCACUGUUAUUUAAGGAAAAAUGUCUUCAACAUUUUUUUUUUUUUUUUUUUUUGACUUCUUAACUCCCAAGAAGCACACAAAAUUUUGGCAAAGUCAUAAUCUCGUUAAGUCAACUUAACCUUUAAUCUUUCGUAUUGAUCGAUAAUUAUCUUACAAGUUCGAGAAGGGUAAAAGAAAGUUCGUGAUCGUCGCCGUUAAAAUUUCUCGUGAAUUCGAAAGUUAGUGGAAGUUUUGUGUCGGGAAUGGUCGCUUUAUGGAAUGCUGGUGCUCAAGACAAAGGGUUUGGGUAAAUGUUUUGACUGUACGAAAGACGGAGCUUAUAUUAUGAACAAAAGAAAGGAUUAAGCAGAAGAAUCUUGAAUGGCAAAUGGCUCAGAAUGUACAGGCACUAUAAAAUAUAUCCAGCGUCAAUAACAUCGCGGAAAAGUUUAAAAUCUUUACUCAAGUUGUCUGUGCUUUCUCUUGCACUCAACGCUCAGCUGAUUAUUCACUCCAUUAACUAUAACUCUGAAGCUCAUUACAAUUGCACUUAACGAAACUAUUCUAGAGUAUACGUCGAGGCGAUAUCCAACUUCAAUACUUCUUGCUUCACAGGAAGGAAACGGAACAUCGACUUCCGCUCUCAGGAAGGAAAUUGCAUGUUGACAUAUUUUGUAGGAUUUUGAGUGAUUUGUUUAUUCAAAGUCUAAAGUAAUUGUAAAUCGAUAUUAAGAUGUGAUAGAUUAUCGAGGUAAACAAAGCACAUGUUUCAUGCGUGAUACUGCUAAGUACAACGUUGUUUAAACAUGUUAUUGUUUUCUUUUAAUUUAUCGUGUGAAAAGGCAACGUUUAUUCUUUCGGUUAUUAUAAAUAAAAUACCUUUUGUACGUGGA